UGGGGGGUCCCGGGCAGCCCCGUCCUGGCGUGGCCGGGGUGUCCCGGGCCGUGGUCACUCGCGGGUGGCGGGGGGGCGGUCCCGGUCCCUCCCGGCGGGGGCGGCCGCUGGGGCCCGAGGCGGGACGGGUACAGGAACGGGCGCACCGGUACCGGCACCGGCCCCGACCCGCGGGACCGGGACCAUGGCGGGGCUGGCGCGGUGCCAGCGCGAGGCCGAGGAGGUGACGGAGCUGAUGCGACAGAACGUGGCCAAGGCGCUGGAGCGGGAGGGACACCUGGAGCAGCUGCAGAGCCGCGCCCAGGACCUGCGACAGGCGAGCGAGGCCUUCACCCGCACCACGCGCGCGGUGACGCGGCGCCAGCGCAGGGCACAGCGCCGGUGGCAUCUGCUGGCCCUCGGCCUCGGCCUCCUCCUCCUCUUCAUCCUGGGGCUGGCCCUGGCGCUGGCCCUGGCGCGCUCGUCCCCCGGGACUGUCACCAGCACUGUCCCCACCCCGGGGGGCACCGAGCACCCCCCCAGCGCUGCAGGGAGCCCGCGAGGACGGGGGGACCACAGUGACAAGUGACAAAUGAACAGCAGGGCUCCUGGGGACACCCUGCAAUGACAGCAACGAACGUGGGACGAUCCUCGAGGAGACCCCACAAGGAACGAACUCAAAAUCUGCUCUGAAGGGACCCCACAGCGAAAACCCACUGGGGGGAAACACCACAAACAGCACAGGAGCUCUCUGGGGAGAGCCUGCAACCCCAAACCAAAGCAUGGACUAGGGGGGACCCUAAAAUAAAUAAACACCAGGGUCUGGUUUGGGAUGACCCUGCAAUAAAUAAAUAAACACCAGAAUCUGUUCUGGGGAGAUCCUACAAUAAACAAACACCAGGAACUGGCUUGGGAUGAUCCUACAAUAAAUAAAUAAACACCAGGAUCUGGUUUGGGAGACCCUGCAACCCCAAACCAAAGCAUGGACUGGGGGGACCCUGCAAGAAGUGAACACCAGGAUCUGGUUUGGGGAGACCCCACAAUAAACAAACACCAUGAUCUGUUCUGGGGAGACCCUGCAAUAAAUAAAUAAAUAAAUAAAUAAAUAAACAAACCCCAGGAUCUGUUCUGGGGAGAUCAUACAAUAAACAAACACCAGGAUCUGGUUUGGGGAGACCCUGCAAGAAAUAAAUAAACACCAGGAUCUGGUUUGAAGGGAUCCUAGAAGAAAUAAACACCAAGAUCUGUUCUGUGGAGAACCCGCAAUAAAUAAAUACCAGGAUCGGGUUUGGGAUGACCCUACAAGAACUGAGAAACCAGAAUCUGACAUGGAAAUAUCCCACAAUAAGAAACCAGCAGGAUGGACUCUUGGGUAGACCCUACAAUCAAUAAACACCAGGAUCUGUUUUGAGGGAAUCCUAGAAGAAAUAAACACCAAGAGCUCUCUGGGAAGACCCCACCAGAACAGAGCAGUGGCACCAGCCCAGGGCAGACCCCACAAUCCCAAACCAACGGGAUGAUUUCCAGGAAGAUCUUACAACGUGCCAGACCCUCCGGGGAGAGCCCACGGUUAAUAAAAAUAAAAUGCAGAGCGGUAUUUUAAAAUAAAAAAAAAAAAACAGAGCAGUGGGGUGAUCCCCGGGGUGACCCCACAAGGACAAAAGGCCCUGAAGUAAUAAAUGAAUAAAUAAAUAAAUAAAU